AUGCGGCUAUUUUUUGCAAUUCUGUGGCUUUCCAUUAUUUUUGACGAUGUUUGUAGAGCAUGGAUUGAGGAGGCCGAACAACACAAUCCUGAUUCCGAAUUCUGGACGACAUCGGACAACUUGAAGAAGGAUGUGACCCCAGUGACCCGGUCUCCAGAAUCUACUGAUGAAACAAAGAAACGCCUAGAAUAUAUCAAAGCGCUGAUCAUCAAAAAACUCGGCUUGGAACAUGCUCCUGUACUGAAUGUACCAAUGUCGGUUCCCUCCAACCUGAACGACUUGCUCCAAUCAGAUUUUCAGAGUGACUAUCCAGCAGAAUUUGACGAACCAGAUGAUUUUUUCUCGGAAACAAAAAAAGUGAUAAUUUUUGCAAGAACACGACCUCAUACGACUGACUGCUGUUACUUCAAAUUUACACCGGAUGUACGUCAGAAUAAGAUUUCGCGCGCGUAUUUAUGGCUCUAUGUACAACCCGGUAAAAUCAACCAAGAUACAGUAGGACUGCUGAAGAUUUAUGGUCUUCUGUCACAGACUAAGAACGAAGCAAGGGCUAAAUAUCUUCUCAACGAAACAAAGAUAGACACGAGCCGCCAUUCUGGAUGGAUCAGUUUUAACAUCAAACGUACUGUUCGGUACUGGGUUGGCCAGCCUUCCACUAACUGGGGGAUAGAAAUUGUGAGCCCAAAUGUCGUAGAUUUAGUAGUAACAGGACCCAUUGAAACUGGGAACAACAAGUUACCUUAUCUGGAGAUACAAACCGCCCAACAUAGACACACCAGAAGUGAACGUUCAGCAGCUCCAGACUGUCCGUCGAAUGAAGAAGUGAAUUAUUGUUGUCGCCAUCCAUUGGUAGUGAACUUCACCGAACUGGGUUAUAGUGAUUGGAUCUUACAACCCAAAUCUUACGAUGCGUAUUAUUGUAGCGGAGAAUGUCGUCUUAUGAAUCCCUACAACCCAUAUUUAGAUUACUCAAUACUGGUCUCGACUCACGGUAUUCAACAAUGCUGCAAUCCGGCCAAAAUGUCUGGUAUACAAAUUAUAUUCUUCACAGACAGUUACACAAUCAAGGUCGAUACGCUUCAUGACGUGGUUGUGAAAAAGUGCGUAUGUUCAUAAAGAGCG